AUGCACCCUCAGCGUCCUCUUCCUCAGGCAAUGCCCGCUUCUUCAUCCUCCUCCUCGACACUGGGGCAGCAGCUGAGAAACAUGGCAAUGGGUCUGGGAAGCGGCAAAAAUUUCCUUGGAGGGAAUGUGGGCUACGGCUUUGUGCAGUCCCUGAAGGAAUGCCUCUACUUUCUGCUUUGCUGCUGGUGUAUUAAGGAGAUCCUGGACUAG